CACAAAAACACACGAUAAUUAUAGAGACACCAGCGCUGAGUUAACUGUUUAGGUCUCAGACAGUCAUCUUUUUUUAAUUUUUUUGCCGGGCACUACUGCUAGGUAACUGUUAUUACCUAAUAUCGUGGGCUGACGAAGGAGUUCAGUUGCUACAGUGAACAGUGAAAAUGCAGCCCGCAACAGCUAAGUGGUAUGACAGGAGAGACUCUGUUUUUGUAGAUUUCUGCGUGGAGGACAGUAGAGAUGUCCAAGUAAAGUUUGAUUCGUCAAAAUUUCAUUUCAGCUGUGUUAGUGGAACAGAUAAUAUCAAACACCAGAAUACAGUGGACCUUUUCGGGGACAUAGACCCCAAAGAAUCCAAACACAGGCGCACUGACAGGUCUGUGCUGUGCUGUUUAAGAAAAGCAGAGGUUGGGAAGUCAUGGCCCCGCCUUACCAAAGACAAGACGAAGUGCAACUGGCUGAGUGUGGAUUUCAAUAACUGGAAAGACUGGGAAGAUGACUCGGAUGAGGACUUGUCAAGUUUUGACAAAUUCUCAGAGAUGAUGAACAGCAUGGGUGGGGAUGAUCUACCUGAUUUAGAUGGUGCAGAAGAGGAGCAUGACUCAGCAGACAGCGACGAUGAAAAAAUGCCUGACCUUGAGUAGACGAAAAAAAAGGAUGCCACCUCAGUAGUUAACAAAGCCUGUUCUAAGUCGGUUGAAGAGACACUAGAAAAGAGUUGGCAGCCAUGCUUGAGAAGAAGCUAAUCUCUCUACGCAGUUUCCAAAGCGCAACCCCCUCGUGGGGACGACAAGGAGUGACUGUUGGAUACAGACAUGCGACAUACAGUGCUGUGCUUUGCUGUUUUGUUCUGCAUGGACAAUUCUGUUCAAAUGAAAAUGUUAUUGUUCAUUGACUUAAAUGACUGUAAUGGGAUGUGCUGACGUCUUACACCCGUUUUCAUUUUUUUGCGAUGUCAGGUUAUGUAUUGAAUGUUGUGAUUUCUAAUGAAAAAAAAAACUCAAAAUGCCUAUUUUCAAAAAAGUAGAUUUUUUUAAUGACAGAUUUUCCCCUUUAAUGUUUAUAUGUAAUUUGCACUUAUUUUGUUUUAUUUAAAAAGCAGGAGUUCUGCUUGAAAUGGGUUUUCCAAUGUAUGCCAAUAUCUGCAGAUAUUUAACAGUAUUUUUUUUCUUUAAAGACAUAUUUCAGCAUUUAAAAUAAACGUACGCUUGUGCAAUUUACAGCUUAUGUUGAGAUUACAGCAGUGGAGUGAUACAAACUUUGCAUAUAGCCGUGCCCCUUUGCAAAGGUGCGUUUGUUUGUCUAUGCCAGUAUACAAACCAUAACACAUUGUAGCAGGCACAACGAUGAUUUUUCUUCCAUAUGCAUACUGAGGUGAUGGCAGAAAUCCUAUGUCUACCAAGAGCUACCCAAAUAGUUAAAAAAAAUAAUAAAAAAAAUACAGGUUAAAUGUUUAUCAUAUACACCAGAAAUAUCCUUUGGAAGCUUGUGUGUUUGAGUCGACACGUGUUGAACACUUUUGCGUUUGUCUUAUGCUGUUUGAGUUUGGGUAUACAUUUCUAAUAAACUUAAUCAUUUAAAAAAAAAAAAAA